AUGAAGAUAUUUUUUAUUCUGGCUCUCCUGCUCGUCCUGGGUGUUGUUAACGGUGAUUCUCACGUGGAUGAUACCGAGAAGAUCUUUCCCGGCAUGAUGAUGAAUAGGCGGGCCGAUAAUGGCGGUGACCAGAAAUCCGACUUCGACCAGAAACAAGACUCGCCUAACAACCUUGGAGACCCAUUCUCUUGUGCUGCGUGUAAAACCUGCAAGAAAAUCAACCUCAGGAUGCCAUCCCUGGUCACGGUUAUCUUCAAGGUCGCACGGCACAGUGCUGCUGAGGAUGCAUCAUGA